UCACUUUCGCCGGCGUAAUUGAUAUAGAUAGUGUUGCUGAUUAUGGCGGAUGAGGUGCCACAGCCUCUGAAUUAUAUACCAGAAGUGAUUCUGAAGAAGAGGAAGAACAAUGAAGAAUGGGCAAUCAGAAGAAAACUCCAACUGGAACAGAAAGUCAGAAAGCUCAAAUCUGAUAGUUUUGUCAUCAAGAAGCCCGAGCAGUUUAUUCGAGAGUAUAGAGAUAAGGAGAUGGACCUUGUCCAAAUGAAACAAAGGGGAAAAAGAAGAGACAAGGGAGCACUGACUACGUCAGAUUCCAAACUUCUAUUUGUGAUACGCAUUGGAGGGAAAAGUGAUAUGCAUCCAAGAACAAGAAAGGCUUUAUACUCUUUGCGGUUGCGAAAAAUCUUCAGUGGGGUCUUUGUAAAGGCAAAUGAAAGAACAGUGGAGAUUCUACAAAAGGUGGAGCCUUUUGUCACAUAUGGCUACCCCAAUCUGAAGAGCGUGAAAGAUCUGAUUUACAAGAAAGGUUCUGGAAAAACCGACAAUCAGAGAGUGCCUUUGACUAGCAAUGACAUUGUUGAACAGACACUGGGCCAGUAUGGCAUUAUAUGCUUAGAGGACGUUGUGAGAGAGAUUGCUAGUGUUGGUCCACACUUCAAGGAGGUCACUAGCUUUCUAUGCCCCUUUGCUCUCACCAAGCCAGAGAAAGCUUUGCAGGGUAAGAAGAAACGAUACAAUGAUGGUGGCGAUUCAGGAAAUCGUGAGGAUCACAUCAAUGAGUUGAUCUCUAAGAUGAAUUAAAAUAGACACCCGGGUUUCCAGAUCAAAUUUUUGUUGAGUGUUAUAAUAUAGUUUUGGUAUGGGUUAUU